AAGGAUUAGCAUUUGAAAAUCUCUAAUUUUCCUACAACAAUCAAUGUCUCUCAGUUAUAGGCAAAAGCCACUCUCAAAGAAUCUAAUACAUAGGGAAAAUAUAUAUACAUAUAUCAAACAAAUAUCCCAAGCAAUCGAAGAAUUUCAAUCCCGUAGCCCAUAAUUUUCUCGAAUGAAAGGUGUGAUUUUUGCAGAGAAUUAAAGCUUCCCACCUGAAAAACAAUCGAGAAAAAUCAUUGGAGCCUGCUUUCUUGAAAUAUCAUGGCUAAAUUAUUGAGCAAUCCUUGUUGUUAUUCAUCAUCUUCAACCACAUUUUCUUGUUUCCACAAUGAGAGUUUGUGUAGUUCAAGAAAUCUGGCGGCUGUACCAAUUUCAAGCCAUUUCUCAAAGUGGGCUCCCAACAAUUUUACAAGAAUUCAGCUAAGAAGCAGCAAUUUUGAGCUGAGGUCAUCGAAUGGGUAUCCUCUUAAUGCUGUUUCUUUGCAAGAUGAGGGUUCAGUUGACAAUCCCCUUGCAGAAGAAGCCAAUUUUUCUGAUUCAGCAGAAGGGGAUUCUACUCUAAGCAUUACGGUUGUUGGUGCAUCGGGCGAUCUUGCAAAGAAGAAGAUCUUUCCUGCUCUUUUUGCUCUCUAUUAUGAGGGUUGGCUUCCUGAGAAUUUUGUUAUUUUUGGUUAUUCUCGGACCAAUAUGAGUGAUGAGGAGUUGAGAAACAUGAUCAGCAGAACCUUGACUUGCAGGAUUGAUCAGAGAGAAAACUGUGAUGACAAAAUGACACAGUUUCUAAAGAGAUGCUUUUACCAUUCAGGUCAAUACAAUUCGGAAGAACACUUCUUGGAAUUGGAUUGCAAACUGAAGGAAAAAGAGGGUGGUGGAUUAUCUAAUAGGUUGUUUUAUUUAUCCGUUCCUCCGAACAUAUUCGUGGAUGUGGCCCGUUGUGUUAGCACCGGAGCUUCUUCAACAACUGGAUGGACAAGGGUGAUUGUAGAAAAGCCAUUUGGUCGGGACUCAGAGUCGUCUAGAGAGCUGACGAGAUGUCUAAAACAGUAUCUCUCCGAGGACCAAAUAUUCCGAAUUGAUCAUUAUUUGGGCAAGGAGUUGGUCGAAAACCUAUCAGUGCUUCGUUUCUCGAAUCUUGUCUUCGAGCCUCUUUGGUCGAGAGACUACAUCCGCAAUGUCCAGUUCAUAUUCUCAGAAGAUUUCGGAACUGAAGGACGAGGAGGCUACUUCGACAAUUAUGGAAUAAUCCGAGAUAUUAUGCAAAACCAUCUGCUGCAAAUAUUAGCAUUAUUUGCAAUGGAGACUCCUGUCAGCUUGGAUGCUGAAGAUAUAAGAAACGAGAAGGUGAAAGUUCUGCGAUCAAUGAAGCCUUUGCUGCUUGAAGAUGUGGUUGUUGGCCAGUACAAGGGGCACAGCAAGGGUGGUAAAACGUACCUAGGGUAUACUGACGAUCCUACCGUACCAAACAAUAGCGUGACUCCUACAUUUGCUGCUGCGGCCCUCUUCAUCAAUAAUGCUCGUUGGGAUGGUGUUCCGUUCCUCAUGAAAGCAGGCAAAGCCCUCCACACAAGACGAUGUUUCUCUUGUCUGAAAUCAGGGCUGAGAUUAGAGUUCAGUUCAGGCACGUUCCCGGUAAUCUGUAUAAGCACACCUUUGGGACGGAUUUGGAUCUGGCCACGAACGAGCUAGUGCUUCGUGUGCAGCCAGACGAGGCCAUAUAUUUGAAGGUCAAUAACAAGGUUCCCGGCCUUGGAAUGAGGCUAGACCGUAGUGACCUCAAUCUUCUCUACAAAGCCAGGUAAAAGAUUUCAAGAUUGAACUUUUAAUUUCAUUUCCACAGUCUAUCGUCCAAAUUUUGGUAUUUUGAUGAUCUCGAAUGAAUUCUUGAAGGUACACAAGGGAGAUACCGGAUGCUUAUGAGCGACUCCUUCUAGACGCAAUAGAAGGCGAGCGGAGACUGUUCAUCAGGAGCGACGAGUUAGAUGCUGCGUGGGCUCUUUUCACGCCAUUACUGAGGGAAUUAGAAGACAGGAAGAUCGCCCCAGAGCUCUACCCGUAUGGAAGCAGGGGACCCGUGGGAGCACACUAUCUUGCAGCUAAACACAACGUUCGUUGGGGAGAUCUCACAGGUGAGGACUGAUGAUACCCGAUUCUGUUACAGCAUUGCAUAGCUCGUCGGUUGAUCAAUAUUCUUGAUACUUGAAGUUUAUUAUAGGUAUCUUUAAUCGACGUUUUGAAUGAGUUCUUGAAGUUUUUUACUUUAAUAUUAUAUAUGCUAAUGAUAGUGGUUUUGUUUGUAGUGUUGAUUUGAGGUUAUAUAUGUAUCUUUAUAAAUCACAUGUGAUGCAAGAAAAACUGAAGUGAAAAUGUGGUGAAUUUCUUGAUUA